AUGGCCCCGCUGGACCUGGAGGAGAUCCUCAAAAAGCACAAGGCCGCGAAGGCCGAGGCUGCAAAACCACGCUUCAUCCCAAGAGGCCAGCGCAAGAAGAUGGAAGAGGAGAAGAAAUUGAAAGAGGAGGCAGAGCAGAAGCGUCAACAAGAGGAAUUGCAAAAGACGCGGAGUGAGCUGCAAAAGGCGCGCGAGGAGCUUGCGGGACUUCAGCAAAUGAGGCGCCAGGAGCAAUCUAGGAGCCGGCAAUCCGAUUAUUCUGUCCCCACGGGUCCCCGGGCCAUGCGCUCGUACGAUGACGGUAAUCACAACGGCAACGGCAGCAACAGAAACAAUACCACCAAUCAGCGAGAUCGACAAGAUGCGAAUAGCAAAACAAACGGUAGUCGAAGUGCAGAAGAGGUUCAAGAGGAACAGAAGUAUCUUGAGAGGUAUACCGGCCCGCCGGCCAAAGUCAGCACAUUCUCAGCCAACAAGAAGCGAAGACGUACGACGGACCAAAAAUUCAACUUCGACUGGGAUCCCAAGGAUGAUACAAGCCAGCCCUGGCGCUACGAGGAGACGGGCGCUUAUGACCAAAGUGCAAAUGGAGCUACAGAGCAAGUAAGGAGAAAGAAGGCCACAAGGGACUACCAAGACCCCAGGCUUGUGCCUUGGCAAGAGAAGGAGCUCUCUCAGAUGACAAGCAGAGACUGGCGCCUCUUCAAAGUCAACCUUGAGAUUGUGACAAAGGGCAACAACAUUCCCAACCCAAUGCGUUUCUGGGAGGAGUCCAACCUGCCUCACGUACUUAAGGAUACCAUCAAACAGGUUGGCUACACUGAGCCUACCCCGGUUCAGCGUGCUGCCAUCCCCAUUGCUCUUCAAUGCCGAGACUUGAUUGGAAUUUCAAAGACCGGUUCCGGUAAAACUGCAGCUUUCGUUUUGCCAAUGCUGUCUUACCUCGAGCCACUACCUCCACUCAACGAGUUUACAAAGACGGAAGGUCCCUAUGCUUUGAUUUUGGCGCCUACCCGAGAACUGGCAACACAGAUCCAGGCUGAAGUGAUCAAGUUUGCGACGCGCAUGGGCUUUACUGUGGUCUGUCUCAUCGGAAACAAGAGAACUAUCGAGGAAGAUGCCUUUGCCCUGCGCAACGGUGCUGAGAUCAUCGUAGCCACCCCUGGUCGGUUGGUCGACUGUCUAGAGAGGCACUUGCUGGUGCUUUCGCAGUGCUCAUACGUUGUUCUCGAUGAAGCAGACCGUAUGAUUGAUGGUGGAUUCGAGGAUUCCAUUCAUAAGAUUCUUGCUGCGCUACCCCCGUCGAACGGGAAGCCAGACGAUCGGGACGCCGAGGAUCCAAACAUCAUGUCCAAAUUCUUGACAUCUAACCUCCGGUACCGGCAGACUGUCAUGUAUUCAGCCACGAUGCCGCCCAGUGUUGAAAGAAUCGCCAAAAACUACCUCAAACAUCCAGCAAUGGUUACAAUCGGAACCAUUGGCGAGGCUGUUGACACGGUAGAACAACAAGCCAUGUGGGUGGUUAGUGAGGACGAGCGACGCAACAAACUCAGGGCCAUGCUUAACACGUACGGCACCGGGAAGCUUGUCAUCGUCUUCGUCAACACCAAAAGUAAUUGUGACGCAGUCGCCAAGGAUCUCAAGUCAUCGAGUUUCUCAGCCGUCACCUUGCAUGGAAACAAGACCCAGGAUCAACGUGAGGCCGCACUUCAGUCGUUCCGCGAUGGCAGGACAAACGUUCUGGUGGCCACUGACGUGGCUGCACGUGGUUUGGAUAUCCCGGACGUGUCGCUCGUCAUCAACUUCAACAUGGCGGGCACAAUCGAGGUGUACACUCACCGUAUCGGACGUACUGGGCGUGCUGGCAAAGAAGGUAUGGCCAUCACCUUCUGCGGCCCCGAAGAUCACGGUGUGCUGUACCACUUGAAGCAAAUCAUGAGCAAGAGUCAAAUGUCCAAGGUUCCUACUUGGUUGAAGGAUCAUCCCGAGGCACAAUCCAAGCCUACAUUCUAA